ACAGGUAGAGAAGCCCGACAACAAAGUGCAGCCAUGGAUGAGAUGGACCUGCCCCAGAUGAAGAAGGAGGUGGAGAGCCUGAAGUACCAGCUGGCCUUCAAGAGAGAGAAGUCGUCCAAAACCGUGACCGAUCUGGUGAAGUGGAUAGAGGACGGCGUCCCGGAGGAUCCCUUCCUGAACCCCGAGCUGAUGAAGAGCAACCCGUGGGUGGAGAAAGGAAAAUGCAUCCUCCUCUAG